CAGGAGAGCAGGCAGCCCGUGCAUCCUGCGAGCUGGAACAGAAGAAACUUUGUGUUAACUUUCGCAGAAUCAGCAGGGAAUGUACUGAAAGAAACGAGUGCGUCUGCUGCUCUGAGCCGUUACUGUGGAGAAUCUGCGGAUUUAUAGUCUGCGUUUUACACCGCGCGUAAAAUCAUACUGGAUCAUGACCGAACUGUCCUGUCUGCUUAACUAACACGUUUUUUUAAAGAGAAGUUGGUGGGGUUUUUUGGGGGGGUUAGCAUUAGAUAAAUAGAAGUUAGCAAUUUUUGAGGACUGCAGACUGAAAAAGAAAAAAAGUUGUGUCAGAGAUUCUGAGACAUACCGAUCUGUCCGCUGGAAGUCAAGGAGGAUUUUGGAGACUGAAGACAUGAGACUGUUUGUCCUCUGCGCGCUUCUGCUGUUAAGAGUUACUCUUGGAGAUGCCUGUGCCAGUAACCAGUUCACCGACUCGGGGCAGUGUUGUAGUCUGUGUCCUGCUGGCUUCGAAGUAGAGGCACAAUGUGGGAAAGAAGAUACCAAGUGUGCACCGUGCCCACCGGGAACAUAUUCCUCAUCUGAAGGCCUCGGCCGUUGCCUUCCCUGCUCCAAGUGCCCAGCUAGUGUCCCCACGGUGGCCGCUUGCUCUGCUCAUCAAGACACACAAUGUGAAUGCGACAACGGCUUCUUCUUUUUUAACAUCCAUGGCCUGUGUGCACCGUGCUCCAAAUGCAAACGUGGUGAGGGUGUAACCCGGGAGUGUGGCCUUCAGGGAAACACUCAGUGUCAAGUCUGUGGACCGGGAACAUUUUCUGAGGAACACGCUAACACCAAACCCUGCCAGACCUGCACACGGUGCUCUGACAGCGAGGUGGAGAUCCGACCUUGUAUGCCCAACUCUGACACACUUUGCAUGGACAAGAAGCUGCACUUUAUGUCUAGUCCCGCUGAUACUGAUGGGCCCCGUGACGCUCCUCGCUUCCCAGGUGUAGAGGCGGUGUCAGAGGAAGGGAAGGCCAGUCCUGCCCCUGGAACGCCCAAGUUUACCCCGCAGGAUGAGGGUGGAAGCAACAACAUUCUAGCUUACGUGUCUGUUCUGGCAGCCGUGGUGCUGGGUCUGCUUCUUUACGUGGCUUAUAAAUGCUGGAGAUCAUGUAAACAGAAGAAGGCUCUCUCUAAGGCCCGUGCGGCCGAGCUGGGAUCAUCUCCAGAGGGUGAAAAGCUCCAAAGUGACAGUGGCGUUUUCCUCGACUCCCACAGCCUACAGGACAACCAGCCCAGCAAAGGUACCAAGAGGGACAGCAAGCAGGACAAUCGUCUGUAUGUCAACCUACCCCCCAACAGACAGGAAGAGGUGGAGGGCCUCCUGGAAGAAGGAGGGGGCCGGGGGUGGAGGCAGCUGGGAGCAGCACUGGGCUAUGAGCCUGAACAGCUAGACCUGUUUGGGCGAGGAGAGGCGCCUGCUCACACGCUCCUCUCUAACUGGGCCCAGAAAGAAGGCUCCACUCUGGGACUGCUGUGUUCAGCACUGGCCCGCAUCGAGAGGCCUGACGUGGUAACGGCUCUUAACUGCCCCACGCAGGGUGUUUCUGUGGUCUGACAAGUUUUCAGCCGCACAUGUGACAGCCACAGACUCAAGUGAAGAACUUGAAAUGACAAAGGAGGCACUCUGAUAUCAACACCUGUCACUAUUGGAGACUGCCACUGAUGGUUCUUAUUGCUUUGUUGGACACUUAUAAUUCUGUUUUUACUAAGAGAACAAGUAUUCUAAAAACACUUUACUGCAGUUUAUGUCACCAUUUGAUUUUACAUGGAUCAACCCACAUGAAAGAAUCUCCUGCGAUUUGUCCGUUAUCACUACAGAGCAAAUCCCCAGUUACCAGGUGAAAUGAACAGACUGAAUAUUCCACGUUGCAUCCGCUCAAUGCCAGCAAGCGUCAGCUCUUGUCAAGCCUCAAUGGCUUGCAAAUUGACACUAUUGAAUCCUGGUCAGAUUGUUUUAGACCUACAGUGACCUCCACAUACACUACAAUAAGUACAUUUACAAGUGGCAGGAAACAGAAUAAUGUGUUUACAUGUGCUGCACGGGUGUGAUUUUUCAAAAAACACUUUUUACACGUUAUUUGGACAGUAAUCAGAUUUAUUCUCUGCCCCAUCUAAAGAAAAUAUUCCCUCCGCGUGCUAUUGUAAACAAAUACGUACAGCUUAGAUCAUCAUGUUUCUAGUCUGGCAAGUCUUGUUUUAUGAAUCACAGCUUCAGCAACCACUUUGGUAUUGCUGCUGAUUUUUGCCAAAAGAAAUGUUCCAACAACACUGCUUUCCAAUACGAUGUGACUUUCCCUAUUUGGGCUUAUUUCCAUGCACAUGUGCAGCCUUAAAGAAAAAAAGAGGAAAACUCCAAGAGACCCAAAUAAGAGUUUACACAGCCAAGUGAUCAGAUUUCUCCAGCAGAAACUGAGGGUUAAAUCCUCUUAACCAUCCAGAUGAUGCUUGCAGUUGUUAUUUUCUUUAUAAGAACACUUUAACUAAUGUGUAGAUAGGAACUACUCAAAUUAGUUGCCCUUUUCUUUUGUUUUUUCUUCUUUUUCUGCUGCAGCCACUAAGUAGCCUUGGUAUUUAUUUACACUGAGGACAUAUUAUGCACCAGUGAUCUGUCAAAUCUCAUCAGAAGAUGUGAAAAUGAAGCAUAAAUAUAAAAACACCUUUCUUAGCUCUUCCGAAUAAUCUUCUAUGAUUGUAAAUAUCUUAAAAAAUGAUUUGUUUUGAUAAAUCACGGCUUAAAGUGAGACGACAUAUGAACUGUGAAGACAGAAGAAAAGGACUAGAAAUUAAUCUAUUCUCCUCACAUUCAAAAUACCUGGCUCUAUUUUUGUCAAGUUAAUUUCUUGUAUUAUACAUAGAAAAAGAACAACCCAAAGACACUGUUAACAUCAAUCCCCAUGUCCAUCUGGCUUCUGUAUUUAUUUCAUCUCCAUUUCAAGUCUAACUCUAAAUAAAAUCUAUGAGAACUAUG